UCUGCUGGUUCCCUCAGGUGCGGGUCGCAGAGGCGCCGAGGCCGCGAAGCACGAGAGCGCGGUGCCCGUCGGGCCGCGUUCCCACAGCGAGGGCCGCCAUGGCCUUCUCCCAGGUGCAGUGUCUGGACGACAACCACGUGAACUGGCGUUCCAGCGAGUCGAAGCCCGAGUUCUUCUACAGCGAGGAGCAGCGGCUGGCCCUGGAGGCCCUGGUGGCCCGCGGCCGCGACGCCUUCUACGAGGUGCUGAAGCGCGAGAACAUCCGCGACUUCCUGUCGGAGCUGGAGCUCGCGCGCAUCGUGGAGACCAUCGAGGUCUACGACCCGGGCUCCGAGGACCCGCGGGGCUCGGGCCGCCGCCCGGAGCUCCAGGACAACGGAGGAGGAGGAGGAGGGGGCGCCGCGGACGCCAGCGAGGAUGCCAGCGCGGCGGGAGGGCCCCCCAGCACGGCCGAGCCGCUGCCCUCGCUGGAGUACUGGCCCCAGAAGUCGGACCGCUCCAUCCCGCAGCUGGACCUGGGCUGGCCUGACACCAUCGCCUACAGAGGUGUGACCCGGGCCAGCGUCUACAUGCAGCCGCCCAUCGACGGACAGCCGCACAUCAAGGAAGUGGUGCGCAAGAUGGUCAGCCAGGCGCAGAAGGUGAUAGCUGUGGUCAUGGACAUGUUCACUGACGUAGAUAUCUUCAAGGACCUGCUGGACGCUGGCUUCAAGAGGAAGGUGGCUGUGUACAUCAUUGUGGACGAGAGUAACGUCAAGUACUUCCUGCACAUGUGUGAGCGGGCCCGCAUGCACCUGGGCCACCUCAAGAAUCUCAGGGUACGCAGCAGCGGGGGAACAGAGUUCUUCACACGGUCAGCCACCAAGUUCAAGGGUGCCCUGGCCCAGAAGUUCAUGUUUGUGGAUGGAGAUCGGGCUGUGUGUGGCUCCUACAGUUUCACAUGGUCAGCUGCAAGGACGGACCGGAAUGUGAUCUCUGUGCUGUCUGGUCAGGUGGUAGAGAUGUUUGAUCGGCAGUUCCAGGAGCUGUACCUCAUGUCUCAAGGUGUCAGCCUCAAGGACAUCCCCAUGGAGAAGGAGCCAGAGCCAGAGCCCAUUGUGUUACCAUCUGUGGUGCCCCUGGCAUCCACAGGCACCAUGGCCAAGAAGCUGGUCAACCCCAAGUAUGCACUGGUUAAGGCCAAGAGUGUGGAUGAGAUUGCCAAGACUUCCUCUGAGAAUCAGGAGGUCACAACCCCAGGGCUGCGGGGCCACGCUGUGGCUGAACGCCCAGGGGACCUCUCUGAACUGCUACCACCUAUCCACCCAGGGCUGCUCAACCUGGAGAGGGCCAACAUGUUUGAGUACUUGCCCACGUGGGUGGAGCCGGACCCAGAGCCUGGCAGUGACAUCCUGGGCUACAUCAACAUCAUUGAUCCCAACAUCUGGAACCCUCAGCCCAACCAGAUGAACCGCAUCAAGAUCCGUGACACAGCCCAUGCCAGCACCCAGCACCAGCUGUGGAAGCAGAGCCAGGAGGCCCGCCCCUGCCCAGAACCCUACCCCCCAGCACCCAGGGACUCCCAGGAUGUGGUCCCAGCUGAGAACGGCAUCCUCCAGGGGGACCGUGAGCCACAGGCACCGAUACCUAAGCCCCGGACAGUCCCUGUGGCAAAUGUACUUGCCCAGGAUGGUAGCGAUAUUGGCUGGGCCCUGGAGACCCCAGAAAAGGAGACACCCCCAAAUGGGAUAGACCCCACGCUACCCAGGACAACCAGCCAAAGCCGGGACCCACUACAACGACAGUUAUCUGUGACCCAGGAUGACCCUGAUGGCCUGGAGACAGGACUCCCCAAUGGGCUGGAUGGGGAGGAGGAGGAAGAUGAUGAUGACUACGUGACCCUCAGUGACCAGGACAGCCUCUCAGGCAGCUCUGGCCCGGGCCCUGGCCACCGGCGACCCUCGGUGGCCUCAUCCGUGUCAGACGAGUACUUUGAAGUGAGGGAGCGGUCAGUACCUCUCCAGAGGCGUCACUCAGAGCAGAUGGCCAAUGGGCCAGGCCACCCACCCCAACGACAGCUGAGUGCCCCUCACGUAACCCGAGGAACCUUUGGUGGUCCCCUGAGUGGCGCCCUGUGGGCCCAGGGUCGGGGCAGAGAAAACGUAGACACAUCAAGGAUGCAAGCACAACGCCCUGUGGACAGGCAGACUCAGGGCCAGCAGUUCCACCGACAUGGGGGCACUACCUCAAGGACCCCAGGGCCUCCCCGUUACCGGCCUGCUGCAGAUGGCACCCAGAGCUCUCCCAAGAAAGCAAGCCCAGCCACAGCAGGCUCCCACCACUGGCAGCCCAAGGGUGGCCCAGCACCCCGAAUGCUACCAGAUCCUGGGAGUCCAAGGCCAACCCGAAACACUCGCCUCCGAGCAGAGCUCAGGGCCACCGAGGAGCAUCCAAGUCCCUUUGGAAUCCCAUACUCAAAAUUGUCCCAGUCGAAACACCUAAAGGCGAGAGCAGGUGGCAGCCAGUGGGCCCCAUCCGACUCUAAGCGCAGGGCCCGAGACCACAAGGAACCCUAGCAGCCGAGCUGGACCCCAGCCCCGCCCCAGAGGGCAGCAGGUGGGGGGUGGGCAGUGUUGACGCUCACCUGGUCAGUGCACCAGUACCAGGUGGCCAUGAUGGUCAGACCAAAGGUCAUCCCAGUCCAUGGGAGGUCUCCUGUGGACGGAUCCCGGAACAUGUGCAUGGCGUCUGCUCGCGGCAGAUGGCAGGUGGUAUUGGGAAUGGUCCUGGAGGGGAUGGCCUGGGCAUAUGCCGCCUCCAGCUGCUCAUAACCACCGAUCUGGUUGAAAGCUGGAGGGUUGGGCAGAAUGGGUUGGUUUGGGUGGCCCUGACUCCCUACUGCCCUCAUCUCCCAGAUAACUUCAUGCGUCAAACUGGAGUCCCUACCUCACCUUGCCUGCUCUAGGAAGGGCUGAGGUUUAAAAAAAGAAAAAAAAAGGUGAAAUAGAGUAUUUUAUUUGUAUUUAAAGUAACUAUUAAAUGAGCAUUUUGCACAUGGGCCCACAGUGUCCUGUUGGCCAGCAGGAGUCAUGGCUAGUCUCUGGAAGCCUGCUGGCCUCAGGCUGGGGUUCUCUGCCAGUCUUUGGGCUGGCCCUUCAAGGAGGUGGAAGUGGUUUUCUUGGUAUUUGAGUCAUCUAGUAUUGAAGCCAUAGCCUGGGCUUCUGAAGGCUGUGACUUCACCAGAGCUGAGACACCGCUGGCGUUGUGGCCCCUUCCUUCCAAGACACAGGGAAGCGAGGCAGAGGCCCCUCCGAGCCUCAUGGUCAGCCUCACAGGUAGGGCCCAGGCCAACGGUCUUUCCUCUGAGUCCAGAACGCGUCCUAUCUACCUCAGGGUUGGGUGGUGCAAGGCCAAGGCCUGGCCUGUCUGUCCAGCCUGUGCCUGACCUGGUCCCUGGCCUGCAGUAGCUUCCGGAGACACCGGGGCUGCUACCCUGGGAGGGGCACACCUGGUGGAGGACAACUUCCGGCAGCGCCCCAGGUCCCCUUUCCCAGCAGGGUGUGCGCUAGGAGCCUAGACAGGCCAGAGUGUUUCACCGGGAAUCUGUGAGGAGGCCCGGGGGUAGCCUCUGCCACAGGCUCUUAGACUCUGAGCUGAGGCCUCACCUUUAAAGCCACCCACCUGAAGACCUGUCUUUCCUCCCUGCCUCCCCAGCUCUCUCCCUCCCAGGGCAUCGGUAGAACUCCCCUGUCUGUCUCUAGACCAGUGUUACCUGUCCAGCACACCUGCUUCCCUGCAGGCUUUCGUCUGGCAGGAGACAGCAUCACCUCCUAGGACUCUGCAUGACUUUAAGUGCUGGAUGAAACACCUUGCAAUCUUGUGGUCCUGCUAAUUGUGUGCCUGCACAGCUGCCUGCCGUGGGGCGUGCCUAGCCCUGAGGGAGCCUAGUCAGCACCUCACCACUCUGCCCCUAUAGGCAGGAGGAAGCAGAGCCCAUUGGCCUAGGAAGCCAGCAGGCGGGCAGAUCCACUGUGGCUUAACCUAAAGAACUCUUCAGGGUGUUGGGACAGCCCACCCUUGCCCAGUCCCCAGACCUCACCUUUGAUUGCCAGGAUGACAGCGCCCACCACCAUGAUGACCGUCUGCAGGGCAUCUGUGUAGAUCACAGUGGCCAGACCCCCUGCCGGGAACAAGGUUGCCGGAGUAAGUGUCCCAUCCCUGAGCCAGGGGAGGCUGCCUGAUGAACAUGGCCAGAGCUCCUGGUGGGUCUGCUGUCCUUGGGGGUGGGGGAGCACCAGAGCACCUAAGCGUUUCGCCAGGCCCCCCAUCCCCAUCUGAUCACCUGUGAACUGGCUACUCCCAGGGGCUCCCCAUGCGGCGGGAACGGUUCCCCUGCCGGUAUCCCAGGCUCCUUGUUCCUGCUGAGCUCCCGGGAACCGUACCUGCGAUGGUGUACAGGGCCGUGAUGACGAGCGUAAGGAUGGUGGACAGGUAGAAAUUCCAGCCCAGGCAGAUGUGAACAAACAGGGCUCCUGCAUACAGGUCAAUCUGAGGAAGGCAGAGUUGGGCAGGAGUCAGGCCUUGUAGUGAGGUACAGGGCUCAGAGUUCGGGUGCUGUACUCACUGACUUCGUGACCUGGCCUCAGCCAUCUUCGAGGGUGGAUGUCCCAGGGAAGAGGAAUAGAGACCACACACACACACACACACACACACACACGGACUGUGCAUCACCUGGUGGGGUGAUUGAGGGUGGGAGAGAGAACUGGCUGUGGACAGCUGUGUGUCAUGUUCAGAUGUAUGGCGGAUGUUACUGUCACAAUAAAAUUCAAAGUGGCCAGAGCCCA